AUGCCAUUUUAUAAAAAAAAAUUUGAAGCAGUAAAAUCAAGACAAAGUACGUGUUCGUUUAUUGAAACAGAAGAUGCAAUCACAAAAGUCAGAACUGUUUUUCAGGAUGCAUUAUGUUCUAAUUUAAAUCUAAGACGUGUAUCUGCACCAUUGAUGGUACAAUCGUCAUCAGGCUUUAACGAUGAUUUAAACGGAAUUGAACGAAAAGUACAAGUUGAUCUUAAGUCAGGGCCAUCAGUUACUAUUGUUCAAUCACUUGCUAAGUGGAAGAGAUAUGCUCUUCAGAAAUAUAACUUUAGUGUUUACAGUGGGUUAUACACAAACAUGAAUGCUUUACGUAUUGACGAAGACUUAUCUAACAUUCAUUCUUACUACGUAGAUCAGUGGGACUGGGAAAGAGUGAUAAAAGAGGAUGAUAGAAAUAUUAACUUUUUGAAAGAAAAUGCUUUAAAGAUAUAUAAAAGUCUUAAAGAGACAGAUGCAGUAAUAAGAAAAGAUUAUCCCGAUUUAUUACAAAAAUUUCCAGAAGAUAUUCAUUUUGUUUUUACGCAAGAAUUGGAAGAUAAAUAUCCUAAUUUGAGUGCUGUAGAAAGGGAAUAUGAAUGUGUGAAGGAAUACAAAGCGGUUUUUUUGAUGAAAAUAGGCGGAAAGCUUAAAUCUGGGUGCAAACACGAUGGAAGGGCACCUGAUUAUGAUGACUGGGAAUUAAAUGGGGACUUGAUAAUGUAUAAUGAACUUCUUGAUAUUCCUUUUGAAAUAUCAUCCAUGGGAAUUCGUGUUGAUAAAAAAUCUUUAUUAAAGCAACUUGAAGAAUCGAAUGCACUAGAUCGUGUCAAUUUGAAAUUUCACUCUAUGCUUAUAAAUGGCAAAUUGCCUUUUACAAUUGGAGGAGGUAUUGGACAAUCAAGGGUAUGCAUGUUUUUACUUGAUAAGCUACAUAUCGGCGAGGUCCAGGUUUCGGAAUGGGAUGAACAGACAAAACAAUAUUGCACUAAAAGAAACAUAUCACUUUUGUAA